GAAAUGACUAUGACAUCUCUGUGCUGCAGACAGUUGAGUUGAAGAGCAUCUGUGGUUAUCAACAAAUUUGAAAGUUUCUUCUGUGUGAACAGCGCGUGUAAUGGCCCAGCCAAAGGAUCCACACUUUGGCCAUUCAUCAGGCACUAACUCUGCCCUUCAGAAGCUGGACACUUUAGCUAGCCGUUUUUUUUACAAAUGUCGAAAAGGAAACCAUGACAAAGGACUGGAGAAUGAGGGGCCGCAUGUGUCAGAGCACACUGUCCUUUGGGAUACAGCAAUGAAGGAAACUCUGGCAAAAGCUAAAGAGGAUUUCUUGAACAAAUGGGAGUGCCAGCAAAAGAGCACAGCAUGUCUAGAUGACUUUGACAAACUGAAAACUCUCGGCACUGGAUCUUUUGGACGAGUAAUGCUUGUCAAACACAAACAGUCAGAACAGUAUUUUGCGAUGAAGAUUCUGGACAAACUAAAAGUGGUGAAGCUGAAACAGAUUGAACACACAUUAAACGAGAAGAAAAUAUUACAAGCGGUCUCCUUUCCUUUCCUUGUAAAACUUGAGUGCGCUUUUAAGGAUAAUUCAAAUUUAUACAUGGUCAUGAGAUAUAUCCAAGGUGGUGAGAUGUUCUCACAUUUGAGAAGGAUUGGAAGAUUCAGUGAACAGAAUGCACGUUUCUAUGCGGCUCAGAUUGUUCUGACGUUUGAGUAUCUUCACAUGCUGGACCUCAUCUACAGGGACCUGAAACCUGAAAACCUGCUCAUUGAUCAUCAGGGAUACAUUCAGGUAACAGAUUUUGGAUUUGCCAAAAGAGUCAAAGGCAGAACUUGGACAUUGUGUGGAACACCAGAAUACCUGGCACCAGAAAUCAUUCUCAGCAAGGGCUACAACAAGGCUGUUGACUGGUGGGCACUGGGUGUUCUGAUCUAUGAAAUGGCUGCUGGAUAUCCGCCUUUCUUCGCUGAUCAGCCUAUUCAGAUUUAUGAGAAAAUUGUGUCUGGCAAGGUACGAUACCCCUCACACUUCAGCUCAGACUUGAAGGACCUUUUACGCAAUCUACUGCAAGUGGACCUCACAAAGCGCUUUGGCAAUUUGAAAAAUGGAGUCAGUGACAUUAAAAACCACAGAUGGUUCGCUUCCACAGACUGGAUUGCAAUCUAUGAGAAGAAGGUGGAUGCACCCAUCAUACCAAAGUGCAGAGGGCCUGGCGACACGAGUAACUUUGACGAAUAUGACGAAGAAGUCAUACGGGUAUCUGUCUCAGAGCAAUGUUCAAAAGAAUUCUUGGACUUCUAGAGUCACUGUAAGAGCUUAAAGAGGAGUUCCUACAGAUACUUUGUUUUGUUUUGCAAAAAAAUAUAUAAAAUGAAUAAAAAACACAUUCAUGGGUGAAUCCAAGAACAUCACUUGAUACAUGGCUUCAUUCAAGGAGACUUAGUGAUCUGAGUAGAAAUACACCAAUUUAGUGUACUGCAUUAUUGAAGACCACAUGCCAUUUUUUUAAGCGAUUCUGGUGAAAUUUAGAGAUUUAAAUAAUAUUUUCCUUGUGUCCUUUUUUAGUUUUAUACCAAUUAAUUUAUAAAACGAAUAUGCUAUUGUUAAUUGGGUCCCACUUUAUAAUAAGUGGCCUUAACUAAUAUGUACUUACACAGGAAUUAAUAGUUUGUUACAAUGUACUUAUUGUGUAAAUACAUGCAUUUACUGUGUACUUAUGCUUGAUUAAAUACAUGUAUGUAAUUACAUCUGUAAUUAACUUUAGUAAUUACAUUUGUAAAUACACUGUUGAACAUCCCUUGCACCUUAACCCACCCUUAAACCUGUCCAUACCCAACCUCUAUCCCAACUCAAAAGCACCUCAAGUAUUCUCAAAUACAUUAUAAACACAGUAAGUACAUUGUAUUUAUUUAUUUAUUUAUUAUUUUUUUUAUAUAAGUACAUAGUAGUUAAGGACACUUAAUAUAAAGUGGGGCCGUUAAUUGUUCUUAAGUGUUUUAUUUUAUGUAAGAACUUUUGCUGUUUGCAAUACAAAAAUACAUGUUUAUUAUAUUAGGUGAAUUAUCCAUUACACAUGGCAUGUGUGUGUUCAGAAAUUUGAAAGGUGCAAUGUAAAAACAACAUAUUUUGAAUGCUUUUAUCCAAUUCUGAGGCUACACAGAUCCUGUGAAACAAUGGUAAAAAAAUCAAUUAGAAAUCCCCCUGAUAUUUAAUUUGAUGUCUUGAAUGUCCCUGAAAUGGUGAUAAAAAGAUGAGAAUCAGCAAACUGUUAUUUGUCUUCCUAUGACCCAUACAGUAUGAAUAGAUUUAUUUUAGAUGUGUAUUAUAGCUGCUACAGAGAUUAUACUGUACGAUUUUGAGAAAGAUUAUUUUGAACAUGAAUAAAAUAAAAUAAUUGAC